UUAAGAUAAUUACAUUAGUUUCCUGAACAACUGUGUUUAUUUUCUUUUCUUUGAAUUUUUUUCACUAAUGACAAUUACAUGUGUCAGUGUCUGCGUCAGCGCGUGCUUCUUACCGUUCACUUCAAUCAUACAAUUCCUUACUUCAUUAUUUACUUGUGUUUGAUGCGCGUGCUUACUUCUUUUCUGAUACCAACGUGUGUUUCAUCACUGCACUCAACUUUAAUUAUCCCUUAAACUAUUAAUCUUGUGAUUAACUAUAUCAAAACUUGUACUUGAUCACCAUAAGUUAGAUCUCAUACAUCGUACUACUAAACAUGUCUCAGAAGUUGUUAAUAGAACAUGUCUAAUCUUAACGUGUCCAAAAUCUGAAAAACAGGGGUGGUGAAGUGGAGCGGUUAUUUUUCAAAGAGACCACAACUGUCUCCGUCUUCUUCUUUCAAAUUAAGUCCCACUAAUUUGGCACACUCUCUCUUUUUCAAACCACUCUCAUCUAAAUUAUCUCAACAAAGCUCAACCUCAACUGUAACUGUCGUGGUGCAGAGAGUGGCAUCAAGUUACAGAAAUGUUUGGCAUAUUGUUCGGUUGGUCCAAAGCUUCUAAAUGCAAGAGGACGAUCAAAAGAGCACGGUGCCGGCUCGGCCUGCUCAAGAACAAGAGGCUUGCAAUAGCGAGGCAACUGCGAAAGGACUUGGCAGAGCUAAUACAAAGUGGCCAUGAAGAAACUGCACUGAACCGGGUUGGGCAGCUUAUAGCAGAUGAAAGCCUAGCUUCGGCGUAUGAAUUGUUAGAUGAGUUCUGUGAAUUUGUCCUUAAGCAACUCUCCUAUAUUAGGAGGCACAGGGACCGUCCAAAUGACAUUAAUGAAGCAGUUUCUAGUCUUAUAUUUGCUUCGGCAAGAUGUGGGGAACUUCCUGAGCUUGGUAUUAUCAGGAACCUCUUUGGACAGCGUUAUGGUGAGAGAUUUGCAACCAUAGCUGUGGAGCUAUUUCCUGGGAAUCUUGUGAACAAACAAUUGAAAGAGAAGCUCUCUGUAAAGUCUGUGCCGGAUGAAAUUAAGUACAGAAUGUUGGAUGAAAUAGCCAGAGAUAACUGCCUCCAACAAAAGGUUUUAGCCAUAGAAUACUACCCUCUUUGGAAACAUCUGCAGAUGAAUGAAGACAAAGGGUAUCAACUAGUGGAAAGUGAUGCUCACAAAAUUGAUUCAGUUGCAGGAUCUAAAGUCUACCCUUCAGAGAUUGAAGAGAAGAAAAGAGACGUGACAUGUGCUAAUUCAUUCAGUUCCAAAACAAGUGAUUCAUCUCUGCCAGAAUCUGCUUCUGCGAUGGUUCCUGUUGUUCAGCAAUAUCCCCCAUAUAUCGUGAGUUUUCCUUCGGAAAAGGAAGUAGUAGAGAUAGACUUUCCUGAGCUAGUUUCUUCUGUAAGUUUUGAUACACAAAACAAGGGUGAAAGAAUGGCUUUAACAUGUUCUUCACAAAGUGCUCCGUAUCCCGAAGAAAUGGUACAAUAUGUGGAUGACAUGGAGGAGUUUUCUGAAGCAAAAGAUUGUGUCAGGCAAGACCAAAUGCUAUUGAAGUUCAGAUGUUCUGGUUUUGAUGAGAGUGAUGUGGGUGAAGAUGGAUCAGAGAGUGAGAACUCAAGCACAAGGAGCUGUAGAAAGAGCAAAAGGAAACAAGAGAAAAGAUCAAGAAGGAGAUCAUUGGUGGAAAACCUAGGCCGUAUGGAUAUUGGAUACAUGAUAUAUUAUCACAAACCAUGCAAAAGUCUCUCAGCUCAAAAGCAUAGGACUCAUUACCACAGAAAGCAGCAUAAGCCAUUUGUAGAAGGAAUUCUCCCACCAAGUUAUGAUGGGCAGAAGAGACUGAUGCUACAGGGUUUCUCUGAAGAAGGCCCAAGAAGAGAAGUUUUCAACUUUCAAACGAGUGGGUGCAGCUUGAACCAGCCUUGUUACUUUUGCCUUUACAAUGAUGAAGAAUUGGUUACCAUCCCUCAGAGACCAAACAGGAGGAGUUAUAGUAAUGCAGCUGAAUAUGGUGCAUUCAACUACUCAGAUUGCGUAGCUGCUAACAGAAACCAUGAAAUGUGUGCUUCUCCCAAAGUGUACAAUGAAAGGAACAGUUGGUGCUCAAGGAGAAUAGAAACAAAAGGUGGCUAUUCAAGGGCCGUGAGCAUGCCCCAAGAGAGGCACCAAAACGGCAAAGACAACAUGUUAAGGACAUAUUCAUGUUUUUCUCAACAUCCAAACCAUGUUCAUCCGAAGUUGCCAGACUACGAUGAAAUCGCUGCCAAGUUCACUGCUCUAAAGAGAGAGCGCCUGGAAAACAUGAAUUGCAGUGGGGACCAAAACAAGUAGAGGAGGCGUAUAAAAACAUCAUUUGUACAGUAGUGCUGCUACCUAGUAAAUUUUGAAUCACCCAUUCAAAUAGCUUUCUGAGAUUGGUUUUUUUGCUAUCA